AUGGAAUUAAACCGUUUAACCUAUACCUACGAGUACGUGUGCAACUUGAUCGAACAAGGAGUUAUCGUAGAUAUUGAUACAAUAGUUCCAGUCAUGGGUGGUUUAACGCUGCUUCAGAUCGCAACUUUCAACAAUGAUCAAAAAUUGGUGGAUUAUUUGCUUCACAAGAAAGCUGAUGUUCAUUCAAAAAGCCGAUACUGGGGUACAGCUCUUCAUACUGCUGUCAUAAUGAAGUACCUGCCUAUAACUGAGAGUCUAAUAAAUUAUGGAGCAGAUGUUAAUGCUCGGGUACUUGUGGACCCUUAUGUUACUCGUUUUCGGUAUCCAGUGUACGAAAAUGAUGAAGAUAUUCCUGAGUUUUUAUUGAAACGAGACGACGAUGUGAAUAGGACAUUGAUUUUUUAUGAAUUGUGUUUUGCCAAAUCACCAUUACAAAUUGCUGUUGAUCAAAGUGAAGAAGAAAUGGUGGAGCUACUUUUAAAAAGUAAUGCAGAUCCAAAUCUUGUUACUCCUUUUUUAACACCACUAAACUGUGCUAUUAGUGAAAAAAACUUACUAAUUACAAAGCUUCUUCUGGAAUACGGUGCAGACGUUAAUAGUGUAAGUGGUUUUGGUUUUUCAAUAGGAAGUUCUCUACAUUUUGCUGUCAAAUGCCUGAACACGGAAGCAGUAGAAUUGAUCCUUAAUGAUAGUAUGGUUGAUCCAAAUAUAGUGACAGUGUGUGAAAAUUCAGCGCUUCAUUACGCAAUUGAGUACGCGAUCGACGAUAAGAUCAUAAGACAACUUCUAAAUGCUGGUGUUGAUAUCAAUUUAAUAAACAGUGAUGGUGAAACAGCUUUUACUUCAAAUCUAAAUAAUUCACCAAAAGUUAAUGACGCAAUUAUCGAACAUAUUGCAAAACUCAGUGCGGCGAAUAUUUAUAUCAGUAAACAAAAUUUAGCAAUCGUAAAUAAAGAAAAAUUCGGUGAAUUACGCAAUGAGUGUUUAAGUGAAAUAGAAAAAAUGAAGAUAACAUAUGUUUGUACGAGCAAUGUUACAUUUUAUAAUGUUCUGUGUAAUAAAUGUGAGCACAAAUUGGCUGUUAGUUUAAACAGUAUUGUAAAUUUGUAA